AUGUCGCACCCGUCGGAAUCAUGUGAAGAAUCGGAUUUUUCUGAACAAAGGGGUCGACGGAGGGAAUCAGCGGAGACAAAACUUGGCAAUUUAUCAAAUACCAGGAAAAGGGAAACUAAUCGAUCUCGUUCAACCAUGACUGAUUCUGGCGAAGAAUCGGAAGCAGAUGAUCAGAGCGCUGAUGCAGAACGAACCGCAGUGGCAAGGUUCGAGAUUCCAGAAAGGGAUGAGGAUCUAUUGUCGCAUUCGCUCAAUACCUUCAUCGUCUCUCAGGACACAAUUACAUUAGAGGCAGCAAUGAAGGUCGUCCAGAGUUUUGAGAGCGCGGUCGACGAUGGUGAUUAUGGAGAAAUUUACACCCAUUUUGAUGAUCUUUUCAAUAUCUGCAGGAUGGAGACCACUAUAAGAAGAUGGAACAUCUGGUUAGAACUGAUCCAAACGCUAAUCAAAGCAUUCAAUGCGUUCAAGCCCGACCUAGUCAAAACUCUAUGUCACGCUGUCAGCGCCGGCGAAACAUUGCCAGAGAACCUAGCAGAAAUGUGUGCAGAUCGCGUAGAAGUUUUGCAAAUGCUCGUUUAUCUUAUUCAAAGGCUUACUUUCCAUCUCGAAGGUGCUGUGAUAAAACGUGCGUACCGUGACUUGGGAGUGGAAACGGAUGGAAACGACGUCGAGUUCGACGAGGAGGGUGAUACCUUCAACACUGACUUAGUUAUAUGGAAGGAACUGCGUGGACAGAUUCUCGAUAUGAUUGGCUUCAUAUGCUGCAUUAAUAUAAAUCGCAGCAACGGUGAACCUGUAGAAAAUGCUAUAAAAUUUCUCUGGCGACCUGUGGAUGCAAAUAUCCAAUUGCUCAGGGCUCUAGCUUCCAUCAUAGUCAAGUUUGCUGCUCAUCCUCGUUUUGCCAAGGCUGCUUCAAGCGCCGAGCUCCGAAAGUUGUUUGAACAUCUUCGUCCUAUUUGUGUAGAUUUCAAACUUGCAAGUGAAGUCGCUCGAAUAAUAGUCAAGGCGAGCAUGCAUUUCGAGUAUCUCAACGAUCCUCGUAUCACGGACUAUCCUUUCGUUGAGCCAAUCAAAAAACUUUCGAUCGAUGGCGAUAUGGAUCAGAUGAUGUCUCACAUGCUCUAUUUCGUCGGAAUGCUACGCCCGCGUGAGACAUCAGCGCAGUCUGUUCCAAAACCUUUUGCCUUGCUGAUUCAGAAGAUAGCUCAAUGUGCUCCACUGACGUUUUUUGAAAAUAUUCGAGGUGUUUUACCAUUCCUUGACUACGAUCCACCCACAAUGCGUAGCGCUAUCCUUGGAGCUUUCUGUGAUGUUAUUUGUGGACCCGACAUGAAGCCUCGCUAUCUAAGACCAGGUCGUGAUGCACGUAAAGUGCGAGAUAUAAUGGCUGACCAGCUACAGGCUCAUCUUGCUGAUUCCAAUCUUCAAGUGCGAACUCAAGCAUUGAAUUGUUGGGUUGUGAUUGCCAAUAAUCGGAGAGUUCCUUUCGAUUCACUCAAAAAAGGACUCGUUUACGCCGUUGCUGAGCGACUUAAUGAUAAGUCAGCGAAUACACGUAAGGUAGCUAUGCAAUUCUUGGUAUUGUAUCUGCUGCUGAAUCCUUACGGAAAAAAUUUAGAUUUCGACAGUUUGAGUUUGACCUGCGAGAAGUUGAAUGCACAUAAGGAGCGCAUCAAGCUGAUCGAUCCUGAUCGUCCAGGAUUUUUUGUGGUAAUGGAUCGGUUCAAAUCUCUUGAGGCUAGAAUGAGGGCAACCUUAGAGUCUAUAAUGGAAAGCAAAGCGUACGAAAUCGAUAGUGAAGACGUUGAAAAUGAACCAUUUGAAAGCACUAUGGCGCUUCUGGUAGAUAUGAUUGAAAUCUCAAUGAAGGACACUCUUUGCGUGCUGGUCAAGCUUCUUCACCUGGGCCGAUUUAAGAACAUCGAUCUUAAAUUACCGAGAAAUGAUUUGAUCGAUGCGUUGGUUCGUGAAUUUGGGAGAUUUUACGUAUCGAUUCAUAUCAGUCGUAUCGGUGAUUCUUUUGGGGAGCAACUACUUCAAGAAAUGGAGGUUGCGUACGAAGAAAAUAUGGAUCUUGUAGAACAUGCACUUAUGGUUACGCAAGAGAAGAUGGUCUUUGCCGAGCAGAUGACCCAAGUUUUCCCCAUUCUCGCCGAUUCUCUGAAACAGAACGGCUUCACCGAUGUGAGCUAUGCUGUCACAUUCUGCGCCACAUGCGAGCGAUUCGGAAUAAGGAAUGCGGCGUGUGCUCUCUACGACUUGUACAAUUUGGGAAAUCCGACAUUGUCUGCAGAAGUUCUCAAUACUGUGAUGGUGCUAUUCAUAAAGAAAAAGGACAGGAAUAGUAAAGGUGAAGUAGAUGUUGUUGAGACAGCCAAUGCUUUAAUUACAAGACUGACGAAACAAGACAAGCGGGACAGUCAUGCAACUAGUGAGCUUCUUUAUCACAUGUUCUGCCGUAACAAGAUUCCUCCGGGAUUGAUAUCACAUUUGAUCAAGAUUAUCAACGAAGCACAGCCGACGUUCAGCAAGUAUCCGGCAAUGGUUGUUUUAGCCUUGUUUGCAAGGGUCGAUCCGCGGACGAUGCGUGAAUAUCUUCGUGAUUUUCAAAGGUGCUUACGGUCAUCAGAAGUACUUGUAGCAAGUGAAGCUCUCCACGCAAUGUCCUAUCUGAUCCCUUCUACAGAGGGGCCUCCUGAUGAGGAAAAUGAAGCUUAUCUUUAUCGAUUGCGUGCGAUCGACUCUUUGUUCCCUGACAUAGAAAAGUUCCUGUUCAGAGUUAUUCUGUCGGAUGACGACACCAUAGAGUCGAAGUUCUGGUAUGUAAGCAUGCGACACUGCAUGAAAGCACUCUUUACUCUGUCUUCUGAUAUAGACUACGCAGUUUCGAGAAUAUUAGGAAAGGCAUUGUGGUAUGCCCAUCGCGCGGCCCAACUUCUGGUUAUGUAUAGAGAGGAACCACCAAAGGAACUCAGUUCCGAUUUCGUGAAGGCGCGAAGAGAGUAUUUCAACAUAGCUUGGCAACGGACAACAGAACGGGUUUUGAUGUUGUUUGCUGAUGCCAUUGAAUGUUUGCUGGUUCAUGUUGACACUUACUUUCCGAGACUGCUAAAGCGUGCUAUGGCCUUGGAUGAAGCUGCGGCCGAGCAACUGGAUGAACCUACCGAACCGUACGCUGACUACGACAAGCCUCAUUCCGGUGUUGAGAUGGAUUUCGCCUACAGAGAGGGACUGUUUGCGAGAACUAUCUCUUCUAUCGCCAAAUCCAAACCGGAAAGUGGCGAUUCCAUAGCGUCUGAGGCGGAUUCAGAACGAUCGGACAGGCCAUCAGCUGUCGAUGAAAAUGAUGAGGACGAUGACGACUCUAACCGUCCUUCCACCGAUGAACUCAUUCGCACACGGACACAGGCUCUAUUCCAAACGCGUUUGUUACUCAAAACUGGCGUUAUUGGCCGAUGUUUAGCACUUGUUGUGUUUUUUAUCCGAUGCGCAGGCAUACCGGAUGAAAUUCGUAAUGCAGCAUUAAGAGCUUUCUCAAAUCCUCAGCUUACUGAGAGAGCUAGCCCGACAUUAUUCACAUUCAUUUGCUGCCACCCGGAUCCUCAAAUGAAGGAGUACUUGCUAGCCGCUGGCGUGGAUGUCAUGUAUCGGUUCCCUGCUAUGCUCGAGAGUCACUCUCUGUUCCUUUUUGAAAUGCCAAUGGAUGCCGAUCCAAAUGUGCGGAUCACUUCACUGUUGUAUCUCACUUAUUUACUCACUCACGACGUAUUAAAGCCAAGAGGAACAUUGUCGGAUGCAGCAUUAUGCAUGUUGAAUAGAAAACGUUCCGAUGGCAAAGAGGAAGAUUGUUCAAGUGACGAAAGAGAGGUCACUGUAUUGGCUACUGAACUUUUUCGUGAAAUUUCCCGCAAGGGUAAUCUACUGGUAAAUGUACUCCCUGAUCUCGUGUGCAGAAUAUGUCGUUGGGAAGAGCAAGUUCCUCUCCCCGCAUUCAAGUCCCUUGUCAAACGACUUCUCUCUAUGGUAGACGACAAGCCUUUGGAUGUGGUUGUUGAAAAAAUGUGUCAGAGGUUCGAAUUUUGCAACAGGAGAGAAGCCACUGAGCAUAAUCGACGCAUAGCGUACUAUUUUUCGUAUUUCAUCUCGCAGAUUGCACUGACGGAGAGCUCGUUUUACAAGAUGCGUGACUCGUUACCAUACUUUGCACCAUUUUUGGAGGACGAGGUUAUUUAUCGCGAUUUCAUGGCUGUGAUUAGUCAUCUUAUUUCAGGUACUUCAUCGAAUGAAGUGAAGCGUGACGCUGAGGAACUGUUGCGUAAAAUGGAAUUUCUGCACGUGAAAUCACAUUUAACUGAGGAAGAAAGAGAUAGAAUGAGUAAAGCAGUAGGCCCUAUAAAUCUCGACGUUCCAGUGAAGCUUGAUAAAGACGGGAACCCGAUAAUGUUCACCUUCGCUGACUGCGAUGAGCCAAUUGAAUACGACAACAUCUAG